AAAAAAAAAAAGAAAAUUGAAGAACAUUGAAGAUUGACAGACGUCUCGCAAACAUGAGAUCAGUAAUUUGGCGUGCCAAACAACGGUAAAUUUAAGAACAAAUUUUAUUUUGUUAUAAAAAUGAAAAUUUUUUAAGGUUCAAAGAAUCAUGUGUUUGGUUAAUUACAAUUUUGUAAUCAGAUGCUAUCUUUGACAAUAAUAAAUUAUCUUCGAUACCAUCACCAGUUACUGUUAUUAAAUACCUAUUUCAAUGUUAUAUUGAAUAUAAAUCGUCGUUUUUUAUGGAAGAUAUGAUUGGGUUACUUUCAACAAUUAAAGAUCAAUCACAUGAAAAUUUUAACAAUAAGAAUUCUAUCCUGAUAUACAAAUAAUUUUACGAUUAUUGGAGUAAAAGUUUGCUAAAUGGUCGUUCUACGAACAAAGUUUAUAGGAAAUAAUAGCGCGUACAAGAAGAACGCGCUUCGAUAUCCUUUCACGAUGUACGAACAGAAAAAUGUUGUAUACACAAAGAAAAAUUCACAUAUUUAUGACAAUAAAAACUUCAAUCCAGAUGAUAUUACUACAGUUUAUAAACAUCCGGAUGUUACUUAUAUCUGCGAAUAUAUAAAAGACAAAUUCUAUUUUACGACGUUAUGCAAUGGUCGAAAAGAAGUGAAAAGCACAUCUCAUAUCCACUUUUUUACAAUCGAUGACGAGCUAGUUUAUAAUAAUUUCUAUCAUGACUUUGGUCCCUUAAAUCUUGCUUGUUUAUACAAAUAUUGCCAUAAGGUAAACAAAAAACUAGAGAGUCCAGGAAAUGAGCACAGACAAAUUGUGCACUAUACUUCUCAACGAGAGCACAAAAGAGCAAAUGCCGCGUAUUUAGUUGCCUCUUUUGCAGUAUUAUAUUUGAACAAGAGUCCAAGAGAAGCUUACAAUACUCUUUUCAUGGGAGGCGAAAUUCCUAUAAAGCCAUUUCGAGAUGCCUCUAUGGGAUCAGCCAUUUAUAGCAUUCAUUUGUUAGAUUGCUUAAAUGCGCUUAAGAAAGCAGCAUCUUUUGGCUUUUUUAAUUUUAACGAUUUUGAUGUGGUUGAAUAUGAAAAAUACGAAGACAUGAGAAAUGGUGCUUUAAAUUGGAUGGUACCGCAAAAGUUUUUGGCUUUUGUUGGUCCAAGCACGGAACCAGGUACUCCCUAUCAUCCUCCUGAAUGUUACAUCGAUUAUUUUUUACAAAAUGAAGUUACUGCCGUAGUUAGAUUGAAUAAGAAAGCGUACAAUGCAUCAAGAUUCACCGAGGUAGGAAUCACGCAUUAUGAUAUGUUUAUGCCAGACGGCACGGUACCACCAAAAAGAAUUUUGAAUGAAUUUUUGAACUUAAGCGAAAAUACUAGUGGACCUAUCGCAGUUCAUUGCAAAGCUGGACUAGGAAGAACAGGUUCAUUAAUUGCUGCAUUCUUAAUAAAACAUUAUAAAAUGACAGCAAGAGAAGCUAUUGCUUGGAUAAGAAUUUGCAGGCCUGGUUCCGUUAUAGGACACCAGCAAUCUUGGUUAGAAAAUAUUGAAAAAAUUUUGUUGAAUGCUGGUCAACAAUAUAAAUUGAAGUAUUAUGGUGAUGGCGAUAUAAUAUUACACCAUAAACAUGGGAUAUAUUCGCUCGCGGACAAGGCAGAAAGGAAAAUAUCAUACACAUCCGAAGGAGAAAAUACAGGAUUUAAUAAAUAUGACAACUCAACCAAUGAAAAGAAGGGCAAAACAAAACUUACAAGAAUUUUAGGAAAAUUAAGAAAUUUCCGAGGAUCGGAUGAUGUAGAUCGAAUGUCACAGAAAUUCAGAAUUAGCGAUUCAUAUAAUAUGACACAAGGAGAUAGACUCAACGAAAUCAAAAUGAAUAGAUUCAAAUCAUCUCGAAAUCCUGAAUCACGGCAAAAGAAUUAUAUCGCUUAUGGAUUAGAUGCUUUAAAAAACGCGCGGCGAAGAAAAUAAGUAAGUAAUUAAUAUGAAAAAAGAAAAAGUAAUUGUUAUUUUGCGUUCAAACACGAAACGUUCAUUUGUAAUUAUAAUUAAGAAUCUAUAAAUUCAAACAUUAUAUGUAUAAUAAUUUAUAUCGAAGUAUAUGCAUAUAAGGAUAAGUAAAAUCAAAACAAAUUUCAGAGGAAAAAUGAUUUAUAGAAAAUCGUUUUACAUAAUUUUAUAAUCCAUUCAAUACAAAAUGAUUCGUUUUAUAUAAACUAAAUAGAGAGAUUUCUUGAGAAGAAUUAUUAAAAAUAAUUAUACAGAGAAUAUAAUUUCUAAAAGAGUUCCAUUGAUAUCUUUUUUAUCUUUAUUUUUCAUAUUUUUUUAUUUUUUUUUUUUUUCUCCAAUUUAUUAUUGUAUUAUUUAUGAAUGUUUCAAUGAAACUUAUUUAGAGAAUUCUAUAUAUGCUCUAUAUAUUUAAAAAUAAUUUUCACGCAAAAUAGAUAAAUGAUUAAUUAGAUAAAUGGUAGAAUCGACAAAAGAGGAGGUAUUUUAUCAAAAUAGGAUUUUGAGAAACAAGAAUAGCCAUAAGUUUCUAAAUUGUAUAUACGGCUUUGCGUCUCUCAAAGCUUUUUAUAUAAUUAUGCAUCAAUUAACACUUUUUUCAAUAACAUUAUCUAUUUUACUUUACUUUUACUUUCAAAUUGCGAAUCUUGAUAUUGAGAUCAUAUAUUAUUUUAAAUUUAAAUUAAAAUAUUAUCUGUGUUCAAUAAAGAAAACAGAAAUUGAUAAAAAUUUAUUAGAAUUUUCAAAACCAUGGAUCACAAAUUUCACCAAUUCAGGUAAACAGGAAGAAAAAUUGUCACAUAUCUGUUAAAAGUGUUAAUUAAAGUAAUCCAUCAUUCAUAUUUCGCAUUUCAUCUUGAACGCUUUUUGUUAUUUAUAUUUUAUGAUUACUAUUCAUUACAUUACUAUCAAAGUUUAUACGAUACAUAAAACAUAUUCAUUUAUAUACCCUAUGAUUAGCAGAAAACCGUUUGAAAUAGGGUAUAUGAUUGUGCAAUUUAACAUCAAUGUGAAGUCGAAUUCAUAGAAAAGAAUAAAGGAAAAUUUUUUCCUUCUGAAAUUAUAAAUUUUAUGAUAAAUUCAUGAUUUCAUAUUACACGACUAAAAAGAUUAAAGACUAAUCGAAUUUUGCGAGUACACUUAUAAUCACAAGUAUUAUUUAACACAAAAUAGUAUAAGAAAGUAAUUAAUUAAAUAUCUCUUAUUUUUUUGUUUGUGUUAAUGCAAAGAGUAAUUUAUUUUAUUUCAUCGCAUUUUGAAUUUUCGUCACAUAUCACAAUGAUUAGAAUUUGAUAGAUAAAAGCGUAAAAAACAGGCCAUAAAUUUAAUUUCUUCAGUACUGAUAAACACCUUUUUUCAAUAUUCAAUUUUUUGUCAUUUUGGUAGAUUUAAUUCUGCACUGAUUGAAUGAACAUACCAUUCUAGUACAUUAUGCCUAUUAAUUUGUAUAUCCAGAAUAUCGUUUUUGCGUUAUCAU